CCUUGACCUCUCGCCGGCUUGUCCCCAUCAAGGAUACUUACGAGUUGUUGCCUUGGACAAAAUCUUCUGCUAGGUUGCACUGUUACUAUCAAACAUGGCUGAACCACUCAGAGUUGUUGUCACUGGAGCUGCUGGCCAGAUUGCCUAUUCUUUGCUGUUCUCCGUUGCAAAGGGAGAUGUUUUUGGCAAAGAUCAACCUCUGGAGCUUCUGCUCCUUGACAUCACUCCCAUGAUGGAGGUCUUGAAUGGAGUUGUGAUGGAACUUAUGGACUGUGCCAUUCCACUUGUGAAAAACUUGGUGGCCACAGAUGACCCAAAUGUGGCUUUCAAGGAUGUCGAUGCAGCCUUCAUGGUGGGUGCUAUGCCUCGCAAAGAGGGUAUGGAGAGGAAAGACUUGCUCAAGGCCAAUGUAAAAAUUUUCAAGGCUCAGGGACAAGCAAUGGAAAAACUGGCCAAGAAGUCUGUGAAGGUAGUGGUUGUGGGAAAUCCUGCAAACACAAAUGCUUGCAUCCUUAGCAAAUAUGCUCCCAGCAUCCCCAAAGAAAACUUUUCAUGCAUGACCAGGCUUGAUCAAAACAGAGCUCAGGCCCAGAUUGCUGCUAAACUCAACGUCUCUACGGAGAAAGUGUCAAACAUCAUCAUCUGGGGCAACCACUCCUCCACCCAGUUCCCUGAUGUGGCUCAUGCCAAGGCAGAAGUUCAAGGAAAAGUUGUGACCGUGCCAGAGGCUGUCCAAGAUGAUAACUUCUUGAAAAACGAGUUCAUCAAGACUGUCCAGCAGAGAGGUGCAGCUGUCAUCAAGGCCCGUAAACUGUCCAGUGCCAUGUCCGCUGCCAAGGCUGCUUGCGACCACAUGCGCGACUGGUUUAUUGGAACAAAGGGCGGCAACUGGGUGUCGAUGGGCGUCAUCUCAGAUGGCUCCUAUGGUAUUAAGGAGGGCUUGAUGUACAGCUUCCCAGUAACCAUUGAGAACAAGAAGAUCACCAUCGUGCAAGGACUUUCCAUUAACGAGUUUGCCCGCGAGAAAAUGGACGCUACAGCCAAGGAGUUGGAGCAGGAGCUGAGCGAUGCUCUUGCCGAGUGUGUCGAUUGACUCGCAAGUGACGGAGCCAGCAAGGUCAGCGCUUGUCCCAAACUGUGAGAUUCUAUAGACCAGCAGCGUUGGUUGUAUAACAAAGGGCAGUAUUACCCUGUUUUUACCCUGAGUACUGUGUUACGUGUUCUUGGAAAUCUGUGUGUAGACAUUUAUGGUCAUGGAUUUUGUAAUUCUUAUUGUAUUGAUAGAUUUUACUACUUUUUUUUUUUUUUCUGGUAUAUCUUUAAUAAUAAAAUUUCUGACUGUAUGAAACAGCUUUGACUGAUUCAUUUUUAUUUUCUUGCUUAUGUAUAAUGUAUUGGGAGAUUUUGUCACUUGCCUUUUCUUUUUAAUGGUUUUCUUUGUAUUUUAGAAUAUACAGAACCUUUGUGCAUCUGGUUGAAUACUUUAGACGCAAUUGUAAUGGAAUAAAUGUUGGAUGAAGUGUUACAAG